GCCCCCAAAGCCCGGAAGCGAAAGCUGUUCCUCCUCUUCCGAGCGGGGUCACGGCCCAGCCGGCGGGAGCCGGGUUUGGAGAGCCCGGGGCGCUAGGAGAAUCCCGGUAGCCCCGGCUGGAGCCAUGUCCCGGAACCUGCGCACUGCUCUCAUUUUCGGCGGCUUCAUCUCACUGAUCGGCGCCGCCUUCUACCCCAUCUACUUCCGGCCCUUAAUGCGGCUGGAGGAGUACAAGAAGGAACAAGCCAUAAAUCGAGCUGGUAUUGUUCAAGAAGACGUGCAGCCACCAGGGUUGAAAGUGUGGUCGGAUCCAUUUGGCCGGAAAUGAGAAGACUAACACUACCUCUAAUUAUGAAAGUAGACAGAGACUUCAUGCUUUCAGUCCUGCAGCAAGUGCAGUAAGCCACCUGGCUAGAGAACACCGGCUGGAGCAGAAAACUCUAGCAGGCCAUAAAGAGUCCUGUGCCUGAGGAUCACGUCCCUUCUUAAAAGAGCCCUGGAACAAAUCAUACUGUUAGGAGGGUUUUCAUGACUUGGUUUCCUUUCUAAAAAUGAAGCUGUCUCACUCAGCUGGGCUUGAAGGCUAUCUACAUAUUAUUCAGUCCCUACCUCUUAGCCAGCCAAGCUGUGAUAUGAAUACAGGCAACCAGUAGACUGGGGAAGAUUCUAGACUGUUUUGCCAUCCUCCAAAUAGGAAAUUUCAGGGGAAAACUACCAUACUGAGCAGCCUCAUAGGGCUCUUUGAAAAUGUUAAAGUUGAUAAAACUCUUUGAGGACAAGGUACAUUGUACUCUUUAAGAAUAAAUAGUUCAGCUUAACUAUCUCAUUAGCAAGGUUGCUGCAUGUUGAGAAAUAAAUUUGAAGCAAACUAAAUGGGUCUGCAUGCCUAUUAAAAAUCAUUGUUGAAUUGACUGAAGUGAAAAUGUGUAUAUUAAAAUGAUUUCUCUUACUUCAUAAUGGUAUAA